AUGGGGAAUCCAGAAAACAUAGAAGAUGCUUAUGUUGCUGUUAUUCGUCCAAAGAAUACUGCCAGUCUAAAUUCCCGGGAAUACAAAGCUAAGUCAUAUGAAAUUUUAUUGCACGAAGUUCCCAUUGAAGGGCAGAAAAAAAAGAGGAAGAAAGUUUUGUUGGAAACUAAACUUCAAGGCAACAGUGAAAUAACACAAGGCAUAUUGGAUUAUGUAGUAGAAACUACCAAACCAAUUUCUCCUGCAAACCAGGGUAUCAGAGGAAAACGAGUAGUACUACUGAAGAAAUUUCCUUUGGAUGGGGAGAAGAUGGGCAGAGAAGCAGCAUUGUUUAUUGUUCCAUCAGUUGUCAAAGAUAAUACUAAAUAUACAUAUACUCCAGGAUGCCCAAUUUUUUACUGCUUACAAGAUAUUAUGCGAGUCUGUAGUGAAUCCAGCACUCACUUUGCUACUCUUACAGCAAGGAUGUUAAUAGCCUUGGAUAAGUGGUUAGAUGAACGUCAUGCAGUGUCUCACUUUAUUCCAGCUUUAUUCCGUCCAUCUCCUCUUGAGCGGAUAAAAACUAAUGUCAUAAAUCCUGCAUAUGCUACUGAAUCAGGUCAGACAGAAAACUCACUACAUAUGGGCUAUAGUGCUCUAGAAAUAAAGAGUAAAAUGUUAGCCCUAGAGAAAGCAGAUACCUGUAUUUACAACCCUUUAUUUGGAUCAGAUCUUCAAUAUACAAACCGGGUUGAUAAAGUAGUAAUAAAUCCAUACUUUGGACUAGGAGCUCCAGACUACUCAAAAAUCCAAAUUCCCAAGCAGGAAAAAUGGCAGAGAAGCAUGAGCAGUGUCACAGAAGACAAGGAACGACCAUGGGUAGAUGAUUUUCCUCUCCAUCGAAGUGCCUGUGAAGGAGAUUCAGAAUUAUUAACUCGUCUUCUCAAUGAAAAAUUUUCAGUCAAUCAAUUAGAUAAUGACCACUGGGCGCCCAUUCAUUAUGCAUGCUGGCUUGGAAAGGUUGAGGCCACUCGCAUACUGUUAGAAAAAGGAAAGUGCAAUCCAAACCUUUUAAAUGGACAUCUUAGUUCUCCUCUUCAUUUUGCUGCUGGUGGAGGACAUGCUGAAAUAGUACAGAUUCUCUUAAACCAUCCAGAAAUUGACAGACAUAUAACAGACCAACAAGGAAAAUCCCCUUUAAAUAUUUGUGAAGAAAACAAACAAAAUAAUUGGGAAGAAACUACAAAAUUGUUGAAGGAAGCCAUUAACAAACCAUAUGAAAAAGUUCGAAUCUACAGAAUGGAUGGAUCAUACCGUUCUGUUGAACUAAAGCAUGGAAAUAAUACCACAGUGCAGCAGAUAAUGGAAGGAAUGCGUCUCUCUCAAGAAACACAACAAUAUUUCACUAUUUGGAUCUGUUCAGAAAACCUCAGCCUUCAACUCAAACCAUAUCAUAAACCCUUGCAACACGUUCGGGACUGGCCAGAAAUACUGGCUGAAUUGACUAAUUUGGAUCCCCAAAGGGAAACACCACAGCUUUUCCUAAGAAGAGAUGUGAGACUUCCUUUGGAAGUUGAAAAAAAGAUUGAAGACCCACUAGCUAUUCUUAUUCUCUUUGACGAAGCCAGAUAUAACUUACUGAAGGGCUUUUAUACAGCUCCAGAUGCCAAACUGAUAACAUUAGCAAGUCUGUUGUUGCAAAUAGUUUAUGGAAAUUAUGAGAGUAAGAAGCACAAGCAAGGUUUCCUAAAUGAAGAAAAUCUAAAAUCUAUUGUACCUAUUACCAAAUUGAAAAGUAAGGCACCUCACUGGACAAACAGAAUACUUCAUGAAUAUAAGAAUCUUAGUACAAGUGAGGGUAUCAGUAAAGAAAUGCAUCACCUUCAGCGCAUGUUCCUACAGAAUUGUUGGGAAAUUCCUACGUAUGGAGCAGCUUUUUUCACAGGACAGAUAUUUACAAAGGCAAGUCCCAGCAAUCAUAAAGUCAUUCCUGUGUAUGUAGGAGUGAAUAUAAAAGGACUUCAUCUCCUCAACAUGGAAACUAAGGCUUUACUCAUCAGUCUUAAGUAUGGCUGCUUUAUGUGGCAAUUGGGAGAUGCUGGUACAUGUUUUCAGAUCCAUAGUAUGGAAAAUAAAAUGAGCUUUAUAGUACAUACAAAACAGGCUAGGACGAUGUUAGUCUUGUAA